AUGUCCACAGCAAAUACACAUCAUAAUACUAAUAGAGGAGGUGGAGGCCACAGAAAAUUAUCUCCAGAAAUUAAGUUCAAGUUAGAUACUCUAAAAGAGUUAUUUCCAGAUUGGACCAAUGAUGAUUUGAUUGAUUUAGUCACUGAAUAUGACGACUUGGAAACUAUAAUUGACAAAAUCACUUCUGGUGCAGUAGCUAAAUGGGAUGAAGUUAAAAAACCAGGAAAAAGGGAAAGACAACAACAAUUUUCAGAUUAUAAUAACGAUUUUGAUCUUCAACAAAAUAAUAAUAUAUCUAGUAAUGGUACCAGCAUUAGUAUAAACUCUCAUAUAAACAAUAACGGUAAAUAUAGUAAUAACAACUGGCAUAGUAGCUCAUAUACUGCCACAAGUAACAGUCAUAAUAGUACUACCAAUACCAAUACUACUAUUACUACCGCUGCUACCACCACUAGCAAUAAUAGUAACAACGGUGGAAGUAGCACUAAUAACGGUACGAAUCAUAGCAGCAGCAACAAUAAUAAUAAUAGAUAUAACAACAACAACAACAACAACAACAAUAGGGGCACUGGUGGCAGAGCACUUAAGAAACUACAACAACCAGGUAAUACCAAUAAUACAUCCAGUAAGAUUAGUGGAGGUAGUUCUUGGGCUGCUAUGGCUAGUGAAUAUACCGUAUCGAAGAAAUCAUCAGCAAUUAUUCAUCACCAACCAGAAGAUCAAGAUCAGGAUCAAGCUCCAAAAUCAGUGCCAGUGUCAGAAACUGCUAUUCCUGCAACUACCACAACCGCUGCUACUACAACUAUUGAACAACCCAAAAAGAGGACUUGGGCAGACAUAGCCAAGCCAAAACCUAAACCAGUCAUUAUUAAAAAGAAAGAAGAACAAGAUCUUGAUCUAUCAGAUGUUAAAAAAGAGUUGAAUAAUAUAGAAACCAAGGCAGAACAGCAACAACAAGACGGCCAGAGAGAAGCAAAAGACCAAAAGGAGGAAGAAGAAGCUAGCGAGGAGGAAGAAGGUUCUGAAGUAGAAGAGUCAAGUGGAGGAGAAGAAGAAGUAGGAGAAAGUGAAGGAGAAGAAAAUGAAGAAGCAGAGGAAAGUGAAGAGGAAGAGGAAGAGGAAGAGGAAGAAGAUGCAACUGGUGAAGAGGAGGAGGAGAAAAUUGAAGCUAAAGAAGUAGGGGGCAUUGAAACACAGGAAGAAAAUGAAGAAGAAGAAGAAAAAGAAGAAGAAAAAGAAGAAGAAAAGGAAGAAGAGAAGGAAGAAGAAAAGGAAGAAGAAAAAGGUGCAGAAAAAGAAAGCCAAGAAUACAAUGAAAAAGAUGAAAAAGCUAAAGAUCAAGGGAUCAAUGCCUCUACUAGCGAAACAACUGAAUCAUUACAACAUCAGCAACAACAACAACAACAGCAACCCGUUCAAAGUGUUACCUCUAAUAGCACAAACUCUAUUGCUACUGGUGCCACUAAUGCUACACCAGUUAUUCCACAACAACAACAGAUCUAUGGUGCUUACAGCACUACUACACCUCAACAACAAUAUCAACAAUUAGCUGCUGCUCAACAAGCCGCUCAGCAGCCAUUAUACGGCGGUUACACUACCCCACAACAGCAACAACAGGCUAUCGCUGCUCAAUACUACAUGUACCAAAAUUUCCCUGGUUACUCUUAUCCAGGAAUGUUUGACGGUGGCUUCCCCGGUAUGUUCCAAAACCAUCAACAAUACCCAUACGGCUACGGUGUCCAACAAGCUCAACAACAACAAAGUAUUGCAGCUACCACCAGUGCUGCAUCUAACUUGAACAGUACUGGUAUUCCUGUUACUGCCGCCGCUGAAUUACAUGCCAGCGCUCAUACUCCAAGUGCUGCUACCAUUAGUGCUGUUGCCGCUUCACCAAUUCCAACCACCAUGCAACUUCAACAACAACAGGCUCAAGCUCAACAACAACAACAGCAGCAGCAACAACAACAACAACAACAGCAACAGCAAGCUAUGGCCGCUGCAGCUGCCCAACAAUCCGCUUAUGGGAAUGCGUUUAACCCAUAUGGUUACUUUUACGGCCAAUCCUUCGGCGGUUAUGGUCAACAACAAACACAACAACAGGUCCAGCAACAGGCACAACAACAAGCACAACAACAAGCACAACAGCAAUAUCACAGUGGUAAUAACCUUGGUGUUUCCAACAACAAUAACAGCACAUCCAGUCAAUAUGGCUACCAUCAAAUGCCAAAAUAUCAGACUUACGGUGGCAACAGUGGUUACCAAUAUCAAUCUUAUCAACCACAGCCACAGCAACAACCACAACAGCAACAUAACACUGGUGUAUCUUCUAACAACAACGGCGGUGAAGACAGCAACAAUAAUGACUCUACUGCAGCUAACAACAGUAACAACAAUGGCAAUAACAGUAGUUCUGGCACACCAGCUAAUACCAAUGUUAAUACUGUGGUUUCAAAUGGCGCUACCAACAAUACUAAUGGUGCUGCCCAACAACAACAGUUUCAACAAUAUUAUCAAUAUCAACAGCAACAACAUGCUGCAGUUGCUAGAAACAAUAGCAAUACUAGUACCAGUAGUAACAUAGGCUAUGGUAACAUGCGUACUGGUAUACCAUAUGGUGCUUCCACCACUAAUGCUUCCUCCAAUACAAAUGCUAAUAUAUAUGGUUAUGGCGAUUACAGUAGCGGUAAUAAUAAUGCUAGUACCAAUUCCAAUACUAAUUCCAAUGGUGGACACGAUCCAAGGGGUUAUUACUAG